CUGGCUUUAUUGGGAAAGAAAGGACUCGUUGGGUUGAUCGCCACAGAAGUGAUAUUGUUUGGUGGUGCAUUUUUGGGCUUUUGUCAUUUGAGAAGAAGCGAACAAUCGAGACAAUUUCUGUAUCGUUACACACCAUCGAUUAUUAAUCUUUACUAUCGGAUGUCUGGUCAGGCAGGUCCGUUUUCGAGAGUGACUACCGUCUCGCCACCUCUUAAAGGGUCUUUUCCGUUAGAUCACGAAGGCGAAUGCAAGUUGAGUAUGCUCAAUUAUAUGAUAUGUUUGCAUGAAAAUAAGAAUGUGAAUGAUAAAUGUCGUCAUUUGGCAAAAGCAUAUUUAAAGUGUCGAAUGGAUAACGAUCUGAUGACUAAAGAAGAUAUGGCAAAGUUGGGUUUCUCCGAUAAAGACAAAGACACUUCAUAA